UAGAUUACAACGCCGGAGAAACGUCUUAGUCUGGAACGGAAACAACCAACAUUCACGGAAAGAAGUCAACUGAAAUAUGCCCGCCGCCUCGUUGUGAAACUGGGAAGUGCUGUUAUCACCCGUGAAGAUAAUCAUGGCCUUGCUCUUGGCCGUCUAGCCUCCAUUGUUGAGCAGGUUGCUGAAUGCCACUUGGAGGGCCGUGAAGUUAUGAUGGUUACCAGCGGUGCUGUUGCCUUUGGUAAACAAAAAUUAACCCAGGAACUGUUGAUGUCACUGUCUAUGCGUGAGACACUUGCGCCCAAGGAUCACUCUAAAGCGGAAGAUGGGUUCUUAUUGGAUCCGAGAGCAGCUGCUGCCGUUGGUCAAUCUGGUUUAAUGUCACUGUAUGAUGCCAUGUUUGCACAAUAUGGUGUUAAAAUAGCACAGGUCCUCGUCACAAAACCCGACUUCUACAACGAUGAGACUCGCAACAAUUUAUUCUGCACCUUGUCGGAGCUAAUUAGUUUGAACAUUGUGCCAAUUAUAAAUACAAACGACGCCGUUUCUCCACCCAUGUUCAUAGUAGAUGAUGAUCUUCCCGCGGGAUCCAAAAAGGGAAUUGCCAUAAAGGAUAACGAUAGUUUGUCAGCCAUGCUGGCUGCUGAGGUACAAGCAGACUUGCUUAUCCUUAUGUCGGAUGUUGAUGGCAUUUACAAUAAACCACCGUGGGAAGAUGGCGCCAAAUUGAUGCACACGUACACAACCAACGACAGCCGUCUCAUCGAGUUCGGAAAGAAGUCCAAGGUUGGUACAGGUGGCAUGGACUCCAAAGUCAAAGCAGCUACAUGGGCACUAGACCGUGGCGUUAGUGUUGUAAUAUGUAACGGUAUGCAAGAAAAGGCCAUUAAGACUAUAAUUGGUGGCAGGAAAGUGGGAACAUUCUUUACAGAAUCAACAGAGGGCUACACGACUCCUGUCGAAGAACUUGCAGAAAACGCACGCAUUGGCAGCCGUCAGUUGCAAAGCUUGUCAGCAGAGCAAAGAGCUUGUGCUGUUAAUACGUUGGCUGAUUUAUUGGUUAGCCGUGAGGCUUUCAUUCUGGAGGCCAACGCCAAGGAUCUCGUCGAAGCACAACGCAAUGGUUUGGCCAAACCAUUGUUGUCACGUCUGUCCCUGAACACCGGCAAAUUGAGAAAUUUGUCAGUUGGAUUGAAACAAAUUGCCGACGCUAGUCAUAAUAAUGUUGGCCGAGUUCUUAGGCGUACCCGAUUAGCGGAGAAUUUAGAUUUGACACAAGUCACUGUGCCCAUCGGUGUCCUACUGGUUAUAUUUGAAUCUCGCCCAGACUCCUUGCCACAGGUGGCCGCAUUGGCAAUCGCUUCUGCUAAUGGCUUGUUGUUGAAAGGCGGCAAGGAAGCCUCGUACAGUAACAAAGCCCUAAUGGAAUUGGUUAAGGAAGCUUUAGCCACUGUCGGUGCUGAAAAGGCUGUUUCAUUGGUAUCGACACGUGAGGAAAUCAGCGAUUUGUUGUCAAUGGAUGAUCACAUCGAUUUGAUAAUUCCACGCGGUUCAUCGGAUUUAGUGCGCAGCAUCCAACAGCAAUCACUUCACAUUCCAGUUCUGGGACAUGCCGAGGGUGUUUGUCACGUUUUCAUAGAUAAAGACGCUGAUGUUAAAAAGGCAUUGAAAAUUGUUCGUGAUGCCAAAUGUGACUACCCAGCUGCCUGCAACGCCAUGGAGACUCUGCUCAUCCACGAAGAUUUAAUGAGUGGUGACAUUUUCAAUAAUGUUUGCAAUAUGCUGAAACGUGAAGGGGUUAAAAUCUAUUCGGGACCUAAACUGAAUCAACAACUCACAUUCGGUCCACCCGCUGCAAAGAGCUUAAAGCAUGAAUAUGGUUCACUGGAGUGCUGCAUUGAAAUUGUCAAGGACUUGGAUGAGGCCAUUGAUCACAUUCACACAUUCGGCAGUGGUCAUACAGAUGUUAUUGUGACUGAAAAUGAUUCAGCUGCGCAGCAUUUCCUCAACAGCGUUGAUAGUGCCUGCGUAUUCCACAAUGCCAGCUCACGUUUUGCUGAUGGUUUCCGCUUUGGACUCGGUGCUGAAGUUGGUAUCUCCACAGCACGCAUCCAUGCUCGUGGACCAGUGGGUGUGGAAGGACUACUUACUAGUAAAUGGAUAUUACGUGGAAAUGAUCACACAGCAGCUGAUUUUGCAGAAGGCGGAAACGGUGUUUGGUUGCACGAAUCGAUACCUGUUUAAAUCAUAGCU